GUCACAGUCGGCAAUCGCUUCCUCACUAGGGUGGUCCGUGUGUAAUGUGCAUGGUGAAGGCAUACAUUCAUUGGUCAUCGCAACGAUCAUGUGCACCUACAGCAGUCCCUCUCAGGGGGAGGGGUAAGGUCAUUUGGACUUUUGUUAUACAUAUCCGUGGCUAACUUCAGAAGGAGAAGAUAUAUGUGAAACCAUGAGAAAUCGAUGUUUGUGAAGAAAAAGUUUCGAAACUAGACGGGUAAUAAGCUAAAAUCGCUGUUCAAAUGCAUACUAUUACCAAGUCGCGUCGAGAUAACCACAUUACUGGUAAGAUAAGGCACAAUAUCCCAUAAAUAGUUUCAACAAUAACAAGGAUUAUCUCAGUCGGACAGUGACCGCAUAGUGUAUCUAACCAAGAUGAAGGCGCUCCUAAUUUUUCCGCUACUAUGGACAGUAAUAGACUGCGCUAACAUCCUAGCCAUUUUCCAUAUGCCGUCCUAUAGUCACCAGGUGGUAUUCCAGCCCAUUUGGAGAGAACUUUCUUUAAGAGGACAUCAGGUCACAGUGAUCACUUCUCAUCCCUUAAAUGACCCUACAUUGAAAAACCUCACAGAGAUAGAUGUAAGUGCAUUGAAUUUGGAUAUACCAAAGAAGAUGCGACUCAUGCACUACAUUGAAAAAGACCAACCAAUACACGUGAAAGUGCAGAAGGUAGUUGAAGUGAACUAUGAGAUAGCAGAAGUUCUACUGAGUGACAAACGGGUGAUCGGUGUGUACAAUAACAGUGCCUCGAAGUUUGAUUUGGUGUUAGUCCAGCCUUAUAUGCCCCCAACACUUUUUGCUAUUGCUGCCAAGCUUAAGCUUCCCUUCGUAGGGAUUUCAUCAUUUGGAGCUUUCUUCCCUAGUUACUAUGCAAUGGGGAACCCGCAUCCACCAAGUCUGUAUUCGGACAUAUAUUUGCCGUAUCAUGGGAGGAUGACAUUUUCUGAGAGGCUCAGGAGCACCUUGUUCUAUCUUUGGCAUAGAUACUACUGGACCUUCCACGCCCUACCAAAAUGCGACCAGAUAGCCAAAAAGUACUUGGGUCACGAUUUGCCCUACAUCGGAGACAUAGAAAGAAACAUGAGCCUUCUGUUACUAUCAAACCCUAUUCUGUAUGAACGAAGACCCAAUGUUCCAACCAUAAUAGACCUCGAGAUGCUGCAUGUGAAGCCUGUCAAACCACUACCAGCAGAUUUGAAGCAGUUUUUGGACAAUGCUAAGCAAGGAGUAAUAUACUUCAGUCUCGGUUCAAACGUGCUAAGUGCUGGGCUAACAGAGAAUUUGAGAAAGGUGUUAAUGGAAGCAUUCUCUGAAUUGCCUUACCAAGUACUCUGGAAAUUUGAGGACGAUAAGUUGCCUGGUAAACCGAAAAACGUCGAAAUUAGGAAGUGGAUACCCCAACAAGAUGUUUUAGCUCAUCCUAAUGUGAAGGUCUUCUUCACCCAAACUGGAUUGCAGUCCACAGAGGAAGCAAUAUCCAGAGGUGUACCUAUGGUGGGCAUGCCUUUCAUAUCAGACCAAGCUUGGAAUAUCAGGCGACUAGUUGAAGAAGGUGCCGCUGUUAGGCUCGACCACACAACAUUGACCAAAGAAGAAGUCAAGAAUGCUUUACUGCAGGUUAUCAAAAAUCCCAAAUAUAAAGAAAAUGUGUUGAGGCUACAAAAAAUAUGGUCAGACCAGCCAAUGAAAGCUCUCGAUAGGGCCGUGUGGUGGAUAGAAUACGUAAUCCGGCACAAGGGAACAAGGCAUCUGAGAAGUCCCACGGCUGACGUAACGUGGUUCGAGUAUCUGCUUGUUGAUGUGAUACUUGUUCUAUUAUCAGCUAUCAGUCUGGUUAUUUUCGCUUUGUAUAGGACGGUGAAGUUCAUCUUUAGUAAAAUGACUGGCGGAGAACCUAAGAAAGUGAAAAAAUCUAAACGAAGCUAGUGAUUCAAUGUAGCACUGCAUGUUUCUAGUGAACUGUAUUUUGGCUGUGUAUUAGAAUGCAAGCUGUUGUAUAACAAAUGAAUGCAGGUUUAUAUAUCAUGUUUUUUAUAUUAUGUGGCGAUGUUUUAAUCUGUUUAAUAAAGAAUGUUGGAGUAAAACAUA